AUGACAAUAGUAGUAAUAUUUGACGAGAUUGCUAUGCAUAUUAAUCGAUUAAAUGUAGUAGGAGUGUAGGCUGAAUAAUUUAAGUUGCUUGUACAUUUUGUAAUAAAUCAAUAAUAUAACUUCAGGUGCUUGUUUUCAAUUAGGAAUUGUAUUAAGAUAUUUGAAAAGUCCAAUUAUAAGAAAAUGUUAUACUAUUUUUUGGGGAAUUUUUUUAUGUUGUAUUUGGGAACUUAAUGGAUAUAAUUGGUUAUGACAUAGACAUUACUCAUAUAUUUAAUGAGAUCACUGAACAGACCAUUCAUUCCAAUAGCAACAACAAGUUUUCUUGUUUUAGGCUACCUACAUUACGACCGCAUCAUGGUUAAUGGCACACUAUCAGUAGAACGCAGACUCCUUUUGGAAAAUGGGAUUUAACGUAGUACAAAUGAUGCUUACAUGUCGAUUUGUUUACUUUGGAGUUGCUGCUUAAGAUCGCUUACCAUAUACAUUUAUCGAUUAUAUGAGUUAUGUUUUCUUUUUUCCUAAUAUUAUUGUUGGUACUGUUCCCUUUACAGCAUUUAUUUAAUUUAUCAAUUUAUAAGGAGUUUAUGCAAAAAUGGGUUACAAUUUCAAUAAAGCCUUUCAAACCCUUUUUAAAGCUAUUCUCUUUGUUGCUGGUAUCAAUAUAUAAACUUAUUAUUAUUAGCUGAUCAACUUAUUAGACCUAAAUUCAGUUUUGCUUAUUUCGAUACUUACCAAUGGGAAGAACAUUCACUUUUUACUCGUCACAUUGUUUGCUAACUCAUUUCCUGUUGCGAAAGAUUCAAAUACUUUCUUGCAUUUAACUUUUCUUAAGCUUCUAUGGAUGCAUCAUGA